CAACACAAACUGACUGCUAAGACCACUUGAUGCAUAGACUCUUCUGCAGAUGCCCAAAAUAGUAUCUAUCACACUUAAUUGACUUGCAGAAGUAUGGGCAAUUACUUAUUUUAUUGGGUGGACAAGAGGCACCCGUGGCAGGUAGUGUAUAUAUAUACACUAAGAGAUUAUGGUUUUCACCAUAUCUGGGAUUGUUGUAAUAUUGUCAGCCUUGAACAUCUUAAAUUACUAUAAAGAGAACAAUGUAAAGUCAUUUUGAUUUGAGGGAAGAUUGGGAAAAGGUGAAAGAUGAAAGUGGGGAAUCCUAAGCUGGACAAAAGUAACAGUAAAUAUGACAUAAGCAUUGUCCCCUAGAACACAAAGCAUCACUUAGGUGGGGUCACUGAUUUGCUUGUCCAUUGUGUUAGCACUCACCAUUUAUUUUCUCUUCCCCUCAUUGAUCUCACCCUUCAGACAAUUAGCCACAAGCAGUAGCAAGAAUCCUCUCUUUCUCUGCCCAGUCCACCUCUCCCGAACAUCCCUGUCCAGGUUGAAACUGAUAGAGAAAUGAUCUUCCAGGCUGAAGAUGCAACUGAAACAACAUCAAACCAGCCAUACAGUGAGUUAAGAAUAAAUGAUGAGAACAACAACGAGCGAGUAGAAGAAAAUCCAGGAGAGUGGCUGAACCUGAGACUGGGUGGGAAUUCAGUCUCAACAGCUGCAGACUCUGACUCACACCCGAGACCUGGUUCAACCAAGGUUUUCUCCUGUAACUUCUGCAUGAGAAAGUUUUUUAGCUCGCAGGCAUUAGGGGGUCACCAGAAUGCUCAUAAGAGAGAAAGAGGUGCAGCCAGGAGAUUCCAGUCUCAGAGGAUGAUGACAAUGAUGGGUCUGCCCAUUAAUACUGCUAUGGUCCGGUCACUUGGUGUCCAGCCUCAUGCACUCGUGCACAAGCCAAACAGAGAAGGAGCAGCAGCCAAUCUAGCAAGAUUUAAUGAUAUCAACAAAGGAUAUGGCAUGGCAUGGACGCCAUUCAUGCUAGAGGAUGCCAUGGAUCUCAUGUGGCCAGGCAGCUUUCGCUUGGAACCACAACUACCGAAGCCUCCAUCAGAACCACUUAUGCUUGACUUAAAUCUCCGACUAUGAUCGAUCCAUCAUCUUGCUCAAGUUUACUUAUUUCUGUUAGUAUUUUCUCUGUUGGAAAAUUUUUUCACUUUUCAUCCAUCAAGUACAGAAACUGACUUAUGUAGGAACCUGAUGAAUUCCAAAAGCUUGGUUCUGCCCAAUAAAGUAGAAGCAAAUAUGCAGAAUAUCCUUUUGAUUAUACAUUUAAGCGCAAGAAAGCUAGGUAUACUUCCAUUUUGCAGAAACUUCAAAAAAAAAAAAAAAAAUACUGGUGCAGUAUGCCAACAUGCUACCAAGGUUGUAAAUUGUAACGGAUAUUCCUUCAUGCUAUAAAAUCUCGUUAAGUUUUGGUCUCUUUACUUAA